UAUUCUCAUCUAUCUCUCCCACCAAAACCGUAAAAUGUCCACUGUAAUGUGACUCGAGAAUCUUACUCCUCCUUCAUAGUCCUUGCUCAUCCUGACGUGUCGAUCGACCAUGUCAAAACUUUAUCUUCUUCCAGUUUUUUUCCAUGUCUGCCCCACUCUCUUUUCUUUAAUUUUUAUUUUUCAUUUUCCUAAAAUUAAAAUAAUUCCCCACUCCUUUUUUCGAGGUUCUAUAAAUUCAUACUCCAUAUCUCUUCUUUACAUUCCCAUUUCCUUCACAAUCUAUCCUAUCCUCAAAAAAAAAUCAAUCACUGGAAAUUUAUCUCACUUUCUCUACCCUACCAUUAUUUUCAGUUGAUCUUCCCACAUAAUGGAAGUCGCCGCAGGAUAAUUCUGGCUAUGUUCUAUGGCCUUGACUGGUAAUCGGGCAAUGUGUGGGGGGAGAAACAACUCAGCAACAAUUAGCGGUGGCUUUAAUCUCAACAGAACAGUAACAGAAGAUCUUAAAAGUGAAACUUCUGGCAUGGCCAAUGACCUUGGUUGGACAAAACAUAGAAAGUCUUCUGUACAUAAACUCCUUUUGAUUUCUUCUGCUACUUCUUUCAUUCAUUGGUCGCGUAAAAUCCCUAUAUGUGACGGGUAUCACGAGUUUCUUUAGCUGCUGUUGUUGAUAGUUUUAGUUUAUUCUGGUCUUAGAUUUUGAGUGAUAGGGCCGAUUAACCGGUCAUUUUGGAAGAUGCCUGGUUUUGUUAGUGAAAAGAAAAGGUUAACAAAAUCAAACAUGUGUUUUGGAAAUCACUCCAAAGACGCUCGUGGGACAAGGUCUCGAGCUGUAGAUGAUUGCUAUGUCCCUAUUUUGCCGGGGCUACCUGAUGAUGUGGCGAAGCUAUGCCUUGCGCUUGUCCCUCGAACUUCCUUCCCUUCAAUGGGUGCGGUGUCAAAUCAAUGGAGGUCAUUCAUUCGAAGUAAAGAGUUCAAUACCAUAAGAAAGCAAGUUGGAUUGCUUGAGGAAUGGCUCUAUUUGUUGUCCAUUGACAACGAGGGAAAUGAGAACCAGUGGGAAGUAUUGGAUUGUUUCGGUAAGAAGAACCGGGUUCUUCCACCCAUGCCUGGUGAAUUUAAGAUGGCAUUUGGUGUCGUGGCUCUUCACGGGAAGCUGUUAGUAAUGGCUGGUUGUACAGUCUGUGAAGGGGCGUCAUCUCCCACAGCUGAUGUUUACCAAUAUGAUUCAUCUCUCAAUAGCUGGAGCAAGCUGUCAGAUAUGAACGUCGCACGUUAUGAUUUUGCGUGUGCUGAAGUUGGCGGGAUGAUCUAUGCCGUGGGAGGCUAUGGAGCAGACGGCGAGUCUCUGUGCAGUGCUGAGGUGUACAAUCCUGAUACUGACAAGUGGACUUUGAUAGAGUCCCUUCGCCGCCCAAGGUGGGGUUGUUUCGCCUGCGCGUUUGAGGGGAAGCUGUACGUUAUGGGUGGGAGGUCGAGCUUCACUAUCGGACACUCAAAGUUUGUCGAUGUGUACGACCCAGAUAACCAAACUUGGUGCGAGAUGAAGAACGGGUGUGUUAUGGUUACUGCUCAUGCUGUGGUAGGAGAAAAGCUGUUUUGUAUCGAAUGGAAGAAUCAAAGGAAGUUAGCUAUAUUUAACCCUGAAGACGGUUCGUGGAAGAUGGUUCCGGUUCCGGUAACUGGGAGUUUGAGUAUCGGGUUUAGAUUUGGUAUACUUGAUGGUAAGCUUUUGCUGUUCUCGCUUAAGGAUGAGCCGGGGUAUAAGACACUAUUGUAUGAUCCCGAGGCAGCCCCGGGGUCGGAGUGGAAGACCACUGAUAUCAAGCCCUCCGGCUCGUGCUUGUAUAGCGUGACUAUGAAGGCUUGACGGGUACGUAGGAGUUUGCCAUUUCCUGCUUAGCAUGUUUUUCUUUGUCGCAGUAGGGUGUCAAUUCGGAUAAAUGGGUCAAGUUCGGGUUUGGUUUGGGGUCGAUUUCGGUGUGUCAAAAAUAUCAGAAAUAUUAUAUUAGUACAAAAUAUGAGAAUGGGUCAAAUCGGGUCGAUUUUAGGUCAUUCGGGAUCUGUUCAGAUCGGGUUUAGUUUUUUCUUUAUAGUAAUUUCAGGUCAGAUUCGAGUCGGGUCAGGGAUUGUCAGCCCUCAUCUUUAUCACUUGUCUCAUCGUACUUGUUGUACACUUGUACUAGUUGUUUCAGGUUUGUAGCUUCGGUGUAUCUUCAGUGUUCAUUCGGGUUCUGUUCAGAUCGGGUUUGGGUUUCUUUUAGUAACUUCAGGUCAGGUUCGAGUCGGGUUAGAGAUUGCCAGCCUUAAUCUUUAUCACUUAUCUCAUCGUACUUGUUUGUACUCUUGUACUAGUUGCUUUCAAGUUUGUAUCUUCAGUGUUCUUGAUUAACGUCUGAAUGUUCGAUGUAAUCAAUGUGUGUAUCAUGUAUUAUGACUUAACCCUUUCGAUCUUUGCUUUGGAUCAGUUAUA